AGGCCAUUCAGACAUUCCUCAGGAUUGAGGGUUGGGGCUUAGAGGGUAGCGGAAAAAUGGACCCGGGCACGUUCUCUCUGUGCUCAGAGGCCUUACGGCUGGUCAGAAGGAGAAGGAGAGAGGGGGGGAGUCCGUAGCCACUUUGGCUCAAGCCAGUCUGCCUCGAGCGGCACGCGACCAGGACUCUCUGUCCGGCCGCCGCUGCAAACGACUCCCGCGCCGGGGAUGGCGCUCAACGCACCGGCGCGCCAGGGCGGGGGCACCCACAUCGACGAAGAGGCCGCCCAGCCGCUCGCCAGCCGCCAGGUCGUGACCUUCGAGAUCGAGCCCGGGCCCCCCCCGUCGCCUCGACGCGCUGGGCGACUGCCUCGCGGUGGCGCUCUUCUCCGGGCUGAUCGGGCCGCCCUCCCUUCAGGUUCUCGCACGCGAUGCGUUCUCUGCCAUCAACUGCUACACCGACGACCAGCUCCAAUCCUUCUACGAGAAGUAGUUGGAAUACCUGGACAGGGCGCAGGUGAAGUGGGUGCGCUGCGGCUACCUGCGGCGGCUGGCCUCAGCCGGUGACAUCAUGCAGCGUUGCCAGGAGGUACCGCUCGACCAGGUGUUCAUCGGCAGCAGAGGAUUUCCAUUUGUACGUGAUGGUGAGAAGAAGAGGUUUGUCCUUUCGCACCCGUGGUUGUCAAAGGAGCACCCCGAUCCCACUGGCGUCAAGUUGAGGCUGCUCGUGCAGCAGCUGGACAUGCUGCAAGCCUCCGACGAUCACGCCGUGUUCGUGGACUACAUGAGUCUCCCCCAGAACGACAAGCUGAACCCGGAGCUGCAGCGCAUCGAGGCCGCGUCGGGGAUGCCCAAGCCUGGCUCGCAUCCGUCCGUGCGCACAGUUGCGGAGGAGGCCCAGUUCAAGGAGGCGCUCUCCGCCAUGGAGCAGAUCUAUAGCAUUGGCAAGACGCCCGUCAUUGUUCUGCCCAUGGAUGGCGACGUGGACGCGGGCAGGGAGUACAUUUCCAGAUGCUGGUGUCUUCUGGAAUUCUGUCUCUCCAUGGGCUUCGACAACAUCUCGAAUGCCGCGAUCCACGAGCCUGUGGGGCGCCUGAGGGAGCAUGUGGAGUCCAUGAACGGACACACGGUUCAGGGCUUCCGCGAAGCGUUUAAAUUGACGCAUUUCACGAACAAAGGCGAUGCCAACGUCGUUCUCAAGCUUUUCGAGAACACGUUGAAUCUGGCAUCUCGCCACUGAGGGAGCGUUCGCCGCCGAAGUGUAGGGGGG